AUGGGGGUGGAGGGUGGCCAGCCCCUCCCGCCCUUCAAGGACUUCAUCAACGCUAUCCCACUCGAUGUCUCCGUACUGCUCGAGCUCGAGAUGGACACCCCUCUUGCGCAGCUCGCGGCCACGUUCGCCCGAAAGUCGAAGAAGGCGUCCGCCGAGCAGCUUGCCUCCGUGGAGUCCAUCGUCGAGUCCAUCCGCUCGUCCGAGGUCUGGGCCGGCUUCGCGGAGAUGCUCGAGGGCUCCAAUGUGAACACCAAGGAUCUGGAGCGAGAGUUCAUGUUCAUCACGAACUUCCAGGCGGCAGCGGGGAUGGCCAAGAUCAUGACUAUCGUAGUUGCUACCCUGACGAACAACCCGGAGUUCCUAGAGAAGCUGAGGAAGGAGGUCGAUAGAAAGGAUUUGACGUUCGAGACGGUCAAGGGCGUAGAAAACUUCCCGCUGCUUGACAGUUUCCUCUGGGAGAUCAACCGGGUGUUCCCCGUCCCAGCGUUCACCGCAAAGGAAGCCAAGAUGGAUGUCGUCGUGCCCUCCAGCUCCGACAGGAAGUACAAGGUCAAGAAGGGAGAUGUGCUCAUGUGCGAACAGGCCCUCGGGCAGAUGGACCCGUCCGUCUUCGGCCCUGAUGCCCGGGAGUUCAAACCCGAGCGCUUCGUGGGUAACCCGGAGCUCAAGAAAAAGGUCUUCGCCUACGGGUACGCCGACCACGACAAGGUAGACGGCGUGUGGGGAUGCGCGGCCCACGCCGUCGGGCUGCUCGACGGUGUCCUCAAGAUCGUUUACGGAAGGUGGGUGCAGGAGGCCGAGUGGGAGCUGACGAGUGUGCCGGUGAUCUCUCCUGAUGCGUUUGUCGCAACGGUCGGUCCGGCGGACCUGUCCUUCGCGAAAGUCACGUCGCGCAAGAAGUAA